AUGACCACCUCUCAUACUCUCUCUGCCAAGUCUUUGCAAUACGACAACGAUACGUUUAUUUUCUCAAACACAGUACCUAGUUACCUAGUCGUAGCAUUCAAUCAACGACUCAUACCCCUCACCAGCGCCCUCGUACAUCGAUGGAUGUCACUCCUGGAUCCGUUCACCGCUCCUUUUUGCCUUUUCCCCGUCACUGUACACAGGAUAGGUAUCAUGGCAUACGGCGUACGCCGCAGCAGUGGUCCCCCCAUACCUGAGCAAUCGACGGACCCGCUACCUCCAGGCGAUUACGGCUGGUAUCUAUCCGACAGAUGGGAACACCGAUGUCUUCCCGAAGCUGCUUCAAGCAUCAGGCCUAAGUCUUUCCUGACUAUGAAACAGACCGCUUCUGGUGGCCAUUGCGAUCCAGAAAAGAUGUUUGAUGUCAUACCGGAAGUGGCGCACGCGGUCAUGGAGAGAGAUCGACAGCGGUGCUUUAUCACUGGCUCUGAGGCGAACACAGAGCUAGUAUGGAUUUUUACACCAUAUUAUACUCGCAUAACCCAUCACAGCGACCCUCUUGCUGUAUUCGCUACACCAGCAGAAUUCGAAACAGCACCAAAUGCGGCCUUCCUGCAUAAGGAUCUCGUUCCGUUCUUCUUGGACAACGCAUUUAGCGUCGAUGUUGACGAUAACCACCGUGUCGUAUUAUUUCGCAAUAUUGGUCCCGCUCAAUCGCUGUUACCAUCCCACCUCACAAUAACAAACGGACCAGACGACUAUUACCUCAGGGAACAUUUCCGGCUAUCACUCAGAGUGAACCUUCUAGACUGUGACAUUCGCAAACAGUACCCGAACGGGGCCAUUUUUGAGAUGAUGGGUGAGCUUGGCGUGGAUUACGACGAUCCCGAGAUGGAAGCUAUCGUACCUCUGAGCGAUCCACGGUGGCACACUGUGCUAGGUCAGGCUAUCUUGGAGGACAUCAUAGAGACGGGUGCCGCUGCAAAGUACAGGCCUUGCGAUGAUGAAAAUAUGGAAGAGACGGAUUGA